GGAACGACAUAAUCAAGUUUAACCAAUACAUCUCUCAUAUCAAUAGCUUCUUCAUCUCUCUCCAUCUCCAACAAGAAAUUUCGAUUACGUUAAAAACUCCAUUCAUCAUUAACUCUCGCUUAAAAAUCUAAUCUUGGAAAAAGGGCUUCAACGUAUAUGGGCGGCGAAGGAGAAGGGCCGCCGCCGCUGAACCAACCGAAAGACGACCACUGGGCUCACUUCGACAACUCCGUGAAUGCAGUUUCUUUCGGCUUCAUCGCCACCGCCAUUCUCGUCUCCAUGUUUCUUCUCAUAGCCAUUUUCGAGAAAUUCCUCCGAACCACCUCGCCGGAGCUCUCGCCGUCGCGCCGCCGCCGCCGGAGCUCCGUUGUUGAAGCCCAGAAUCAUGUUGCUGCUUUCAAAGCUAAGCUCGGCUACUACCCAUCUCACAAAGCCACGGAGGUUUCGGUGGUGAUGCCGGGUGAGAAAGUGCCGACCUUCAUCGCUCAUCCAACUCCGGCUCCUUGCCCUCCGGAGCGUGGCCCGUGGCCUCUGCAUAAUCCCGAUGUGCCCUUCCCGGAUUAGGUAAAAUGUCAAGACUUGUUGAGAGGCCUAAUUUCUUUAAUUUUUUUUUGCCUAUGGUGUCAC